AUGGCGCCGUGUGGGGAAAGCUACAUCCAUUUGGAGCGUACUGUACAUGACGACGGUAUUAAGACUGUAGGGGCGUGUCUAGCGAAAAACGCGGCGGAACUCGGGGAAGGGGAUGCGCUUGUUUUUGUUACACCAGGUGCGCAAUACGAGCGUAAUGUGGUCACGUGGAGGCAACUGCACGAGAACUCGUUCAACGUCACCAGGGCGCUUCUAAAACUCGGCCUUAGAAAGGGCGAGUGCGUAGCGAUCGAUCUCCGUAGCUGCCCGGAGUGGGUGUACCUCACUUUCGGAUGUAUGGUGGCCGGGCUACGCCCUGCUUGUCUUUCAUUCACAUACACAGACGGAAGUGACGUCGUAGCAACCAUGGAACGUCUCCAGACAUGCGCACUGCUUGUGAUGGAUCCGGGGGAGAACGGAGAGAAAUGGGACGUCUUAGAACAGCUGUCGCUGAGAGUCUACUGUGACCGGCCGUUCACCUGGGUCGGGGGUUUCCCCUUCCAGGUACUCACUGGACAAACCCGCGUCACCACUUCCGGUUUCGCCUCUUCAGGCGCGGACCUAAUGGACGCCACCGUCCAGAUCAUCCAGCGUGAGCGGUGCACCCUCAUGUACGUGCUCCCGCCGUUCUUGCACGAGAUGAUUCGCCGGAAGGACAAAAUUCCCUCCGACUGUUCCCUGAGGUACAUUCUCACUGGUGGUCAACCGAUCACACGUGGUGCAGUGCAGUGUAUCGGCCCGCUGUGUACCAGUGUCGUCUGCGCAUACGGUGGGACGGAGUUCAUAAUUUGCGGCCUUGGGGUGGUCACAGAUAUAGAAAACUUCGUGGAGUUCUCUUGUGGUAAGGUCAUCACUGGACCUGGGUUUGAAUUUAAAAUCGUCGAUAAGGGCGGAAAAGUAGUUCCAAUGAACGAGAGGGGAGAAAUAUUCAUUCGCAGUCGGGUAAUAUUUAAGGAGUAUUACAACGAUCCUGAGAAAACGAAGCAAGCGUUCACAGAUGACGGCUGGUACAAAACAGACGACUUAGGGCGGAUGACGUCAGACGGCCAAAUCUUCGUCGACGGCCGUAAGUCUAACAUGAUAAUUAGCGGUGGGAUGAACGUUGCCCCGGAGAUCUUGGAGCGCGUUCUGAAGAACUGCCCGGGGUUCGGGGCAGCCGCGCUGGUUCCCGUCCCCGACCCGGUUUUCUACCAGGUUGUGUGCGCAUGCGUCAUUAAACAAGAUGGAAGUGACUUAACAGAGGAGACCCUUAGAAGGUUUUGUGAGGACUACCACAAUGACAGACCUGGUGUAUUUACUGUUUUACCGAAGUUUUACAUGUUUCUGGACGAGUUUCCUCUCUUGUCGUCCGGGAAACUUUCACGGAAAGAUCUUAAGAAGUUAGCCCAGGAACGCUUUAUGUCCGCGACAAAAUAGAGGAGCUGUACGUGGCAUUGAAUCACGUGGAUGUUUUAGAGAAAGAACAUGUUAAGUGAAAGAAAAGUUUUAAGUAAAACAAUACAAUUUGCUAUUUUAUCGUAUUCUUAAAAACGUUAUGUAUUUGAUUUUGUUGAAU